CAAGUAGAGGAUCCAUUUCCAUGUACCGCCCCUAGAUUUGGAUUCGGUCCUCUUUCCCUCGUCUCUUUCCUUUUAUUGACUCGUAUUUAUCCCUAUUUUACAGGCUUCGUUUCGUUACGCUUGAUUCAUUCUUCAUCAUUCAUCUCUUUCCUUCAAACAAUUCAAUCUCUAUUAUUAUCAUUCAUCACCAUUACCAUUACCAGAAACCUCAAUUUCAAUCAUCACCAAUUCACCAUCAUGCCUCCUCCUCAUCAACAUGGUACCACCACUGGGGAUCUCGAUUCCCCUCCACACCCCAAACCAAACCCACCUAACCUCCUCUCCCUCUUCCUCAAACCCAUCAUCAUGCUCCUCCUCACCUCCCUCUUCUUCCUCUUCCUCGGUUUCGCCGCCUUCCUCCUCCUCCACCUCUUCCUCCUCGGCGGCGCUCUCCACCGCCUCCGCUUCCGCCCCGGCGCCUCCCGCUUCCCCAACACCUUCCUCCCCCGCGACAUCAACAAACUCCCCCAUUUUCGCGUCUCAAAGGGUUCCCCCGCCGCACCCGGACUCGAUUCCCAUUGCGUCGUCUGCUUAGACGGCUUCCGCAACGGCCAGUGGUGCAGGAAGCUCCCCGGUUGCUCUCAUGUCUUCCACCGCCGCUGCGUCGACGCGUGGCUUGUCAAGGUCGCCGCUUGCCCCACGUGCAGGACACCUGUUCGAUUAAAUGCCGAUUCCGCCACGGUUCAAUCGCACCCUUCUAGUUCUACUCAAUUUGUUACUUGCCCAUCUAACCCCAUUUUAUAACUUGUAAGUUUUGAUUUUUAUUUUAACCCCACUUUUCUCUAUGUAUAGACAUAGUAGUAUCUCUUGUAUGAAUUGCAUCAUAGCAAUGGUCUUUUUCCCCUUUUGGGUUCGCUUCAAUGUUGAAACAAUGGUUAGAAGAAUUUGAUUGUUGAUCAUUGUUGGUAAUGAUUAAUGAAUGCCUAGUCUUUCAGCGUA